GUCCAAGUUACGGAAUGUCAGUUUGUGACCCAGAAACCUUUCGUCAUUAAAACAUACCUAGAAUAGGAAUGAAAAACAAGAUUCUAAAUCAAAGUAGAAACCGGUACCAUUAUUAACUUCAUUUAGCGUCUAACACUUCAAGGCAGAAGAACAUGGAAUGUGCAUUGAUUAUCAGUGCUUUGGAGUGCCAAAGAACUUAAUCUAGAAAGAUUUCACCCUUCAGAACCUUACCAUGUUGGCCGAAGAUCUGCUAGAACCAGGACAUGUUAUUAAAGAGCGAUGGAAAAUAUUGAAAAAAAUCGGUGGUGGCGGAUUUGGCGAAAUUUACGAGGGCUUAGACUUGAAAACAAGAGAGCAAAUUGCAUUGAAAGUAGAAUCUGCAAGGCAAGCUAAGCAAGUACUCAAAAUGGAAGUAGCUGUUUUGAAGAAACUUCAAGGGAAAGAUCACGUUUGCAGGUUCGUAGGCUGUGGGAGGAAUGACAGAUUCAACUAUGUAGUAAUGCAGCUACAAGGUCGUAACCUGGCAGAACUGAGGCGUUCCCAGCCUAAGUCUGCCUUCAGCUUGUCCACAACGCUACGACUGGGCCUACAAAUACUCGAAGCCAUUGAGAGCAUACACUCUGUAGGAUUCUUGCACCGAGAUAUCAAACCCAGCAAUUUCUCUAUGGGUAGGCUGCCAUAUAACAGUAGAAAAGUAUAUAUGCUGGAUUUUGGCCUGGCUAGGCAGUACAUAACUGCCUCAGGGGAAGUGAGGCCUCCCAGGGCUGCAGCUGGUUUCCGAGGUACGGUACGCUAUGCUAGUGUCAACGCACACAAAAAUAGAGAAAUGGGAAGGCAUGAUGAUCUGUGGAGCCUUUUUUAUAUGCUGGUAGAAUUUGUAAAUGGCCAGUUGCCGUGGAAAAAAGUUAAGGACAAGGAGCAAGUAGGCAUUAUGAAGGAGAAGUACGACCAUAGGUUGUUGUUAAAGCACUUGCCGUCAGAUUUAAAGCAGUUUCUGGAGCACAUACAAAGCUUGGAAUAUGCCGAUAAGCCAGACUACCAGAUGCUAAUCAGCUUGUUUGAACGAUGCAUAAAGCGACGGGGUGUGGAGGUGUCUGAUACAUUUGAUUGGGAGAAACCAAACAUAGUGAAGGUAGUGACGCGAACGGAUGACUCAGUUCCAGAACAACCGCCAUUACGCACUGUAGUUGAUGCAGGUCAGCCAUCCACCGUAGCACAAACACACAACGCUACCCAACUACAACAUACAGCACCUGUGACCGAAAACGAUAAAAAAAACAUCGAUCCCAUCACCACCGACAACAAAGACAUCAAGCAGAAAGAGGCAGAUACUCAUAUAGUCAAAAUCACACAAACCGACGUCAAUGAAUUGACAAGUCAACACGCUGGAUAUUACAACCUGCUGCAAAGAAUACGUAAGGCCGCAACACACACAGAGCAAUAUUCGUCUACUGAUAAUGAUAAAUCAUUGGUCAACAAGCAGAGGCCUGUCAAGAAGUCGCAGUCUAAUUUGAACAGGUUGAGGGUAGCUACGCCCACGGGAGGAAAAUUAGGUGGUGGUGGUGGGACCAAAUCUCCAGAUCAAGAAAAGCUACCUGCCCAGUCGCAGUCAGAAGAUAAACGGAGUAGACUAGCCCCGAUGGCAAGGACCAGUGGAUCUGGAUUCAAGGACCAAACGGUCACGCAAUUCGCUCAAAUAGACGAUGAUAUCUUCAGCCAACAAGUGACACGAGGAGCUGGAAUGGUAACGCUUGCUAGUCAAUGGAAGUCUCAGUUUGAUGACAGUGAUGAUACUACGGAUAAUGACUUGAGACCAGAAAGCCCUGGGUAUCAACCUCCAACACUAGGGACACCUCUGGACCCCUUGCUACCCCCUGUAAUGUCAGAAGGCUCCCACAGGCGCAACCGCAGGUACAUCAACAUCGCUGGCAUCGAGGACUAUCCAGAGCUUGUGGGACGUCUUCCAAGAGCGUGGUCCACCCCUUGUUUGGGCCCUAGAGUGAGAGCUGAAUUAAAGCCACCCUUACUCCAACAAGCAAUCUUUGAAGAUUUGAUAUUCAUGGUGGACGUCAUGCGCAAUGUGGCAAGUAAACACCAAGGAGGUGGAGAGGGGAUGUCAAUUGAAGGGGUAGAACCUGAAACUACAAUGCUCUUUGGAGAUAGCAAGCAAGGAGAUGAAAGCCGAUGGGUCAGCUUGCCUGAAGUGGCAGUGAUAAUAACUGAAGAACAUGACGCCAGAGCAGGACUAGAUGAAGGAAUGCCGGCCGAGAUCAACGAAAAUGAAGAAUAUGGAAGGAAAGAAUUGGAGAUGGAAGAGGUUGAUGUCGAGGAUGAGUGCUACAAAGAAGUAAGCCUACAAGAGGAGGAAAAACACUCAGAGCCAAAAGCAAAUAAGGAACAGUCACCAGCUUUCCAAAACCAGAAACGCAAGAAUUUCCACCAAUGGCCUACCAUGGAGAGAACGGAGGCUGUGUUGAAGCAUAGCAGUAGAGAUAAAAUUGAUGUGGAAAAUGUACUCCAAAACGACGAAACCCGGGCAACAGCUAAAGAAGAUAAAAUAGAGUUAGAAAUGGUAGAAGCAGGUGGAACAAAGUCAACUCAGGAAAAUGAAGAAGUGAGUGAAAGGGAAGUAGGUACUGAAACUGUUAUCGUAGCCACUGUUGAUGUAAUGGUUAAGACGAGCGAAAAGUUAAUACAUGUGAAAUUGGUAGAAACGGAGUCGAGUAGUACAGAGACUGAUCAAAAUGUAAGUCGGGAACGAUAUCGACAGGGUAGUCUAGAACGAUAUCGGAUGCCUUUCCACCUUAAGACAAAAGCAAGCAUUGUAAUGGAGGCGAGUAGUGCUACUGAUUCGGAGAAUAGUUUCAGUAGGCAAUACAAGCUAAUGGUGAAUCCACAAAAGUGCUCACCCGCUAUUGAUCUGAUCACUAGCCGCAGCGUGACUUUCGUAACCUCGCAUACCAGCAUUCCAGAUAACAACGAAUAUAUCAGGAUAGCAAACGCUCUUAGUCCAGAUGCUGAUGAUGAGUCUGAAUACUACGAUGCUACGGAAGAUCUUGCAAUUGCAACUAUUAAUCCUACUCCACUCUAUGUUACGAUAUAAACAAUUGGCAAUAAAAAUAUUUAUAUUGGUC